AUGAUGUUUGUUGCAAAUUCAUGUUUAGCUCAAAUUAUUUUUGGAAGUUGUACGAUUGGUAUGACUUUAUUUACACUUCAAAAUGAUUUAAAACAAAUCUGGUAUUAUAAUUCAUUUUGUCAUUUCUUAGGAUAUUACGGUUAUGUUGUAACUGCCCUACAGAAUUGUUCUUAUUUACUCCCAGCUAUUUACCGAUAUUUUGUUGUUGUCUAUCCAAAUCGUGUAUUAUGGCAAUCAGUGAAAAUUCAAAUGUCGUUGAUUUGUUUAACAUGGAUAUUUGCUUUUGUAUAUCCUAUUGCAUUUUUAUUCACCGGUGAUAUUGUCUAUAAUGUUGACAAUCAAAUAUGUCAAAUGACUUUAAAAUUAUCAUUUCCAAUCAUUUAUAUGGCAUUUUGUGCAUAUAUGAUGCCUGUUUCGAUGAUUAUGUUUAUCUAUUUCAAAUUAGUUCAAUAUGUACGUGAAAUAAGUAAACACAUUACGCCAGUGAAUACUCUAUCACGGGCAAAACUUGAAUUAAAAAUGGUUCGACGUAUAGUUAUACUUAUAUCAAUUUUAUUAAUACUUGGUUUACCUUAUACAAUCUUUAUUUUUAUGUCAUUUUUUAAUAGUGCACCGAAAUAUCAUUUUCGAAUAGCUUAUAUAUUUAUCAAUGUAUCGUUUCUAUUAGUAAUCAUUACUCUCUAUACCUUUACAGAACCACUGAAAACAUCUAUAAUGAAAAGAUUCAAUAGUCGGCCAAAUGCAAUACUACCAACAAUCACAUGA